AUGUCUAAAUCACGUUUAUUUUUGAUUGUGAGUUUCUUAGUUGUUUGUUUAGCUGUUAUCAUUGGUGUACUUGAUUCGAUGAAAACACGUUUCUAUAUUUUCGAUCCAGAACAACUUCAUACACUUACUCAACGAGCUCUAAUUGCAAAUGGACAUUUGAAUAUUACUAAUGGUAAAUUAAUUCCAAUACCUCAAGAAAGUCCUAAUAGAAUACGUCCAGUAAUUGAUUAUAUUGUUACUGAAUUACAAAAAACAAUUGAUAAACGAUAUUUAACAGAUAAAGAAGAAUGGAUAUUUAAUAAUGCUGGAGGAGCUAUGGGUGCUAUGUUUAUAAUACAUGCAUCACUUACAGAAUAUCUUAUUAUAUUUGGAACACCACUUGGUACUGAAGGUCAUACUGGAUUACAUACGGCAGAUGAUUAUUUUCAUAUAUUGUAUGGUGAACAAUGGGCAUUUUCAGCUGGUUCAUUAGAUAAAGAAAUUUAUCAAGUUGGUAGUGUUCAUUAUUUGCCAAAAGGUACUUCAAAACAAUUUAAAAUGCAUCGAGGAUGUUGGGCACUUGAAUAUGCACGUGGAUGGAUACCACCAAUGAUGCCAUUUGGUCUAGCUGAUACAUUCACUUCCACGUUAGAUUUUAUUACAUUUUAUCAUACGAUUCGUCUUUCGGGUCGUGAAAUGAUUCGAAAUUUAUUACAAGGAAAAAUAUAA